AUGAUCGAAGCCAUAGGGAAUCAGUAUGUGGUGGCCAGACCGGUAUAUUCCACAAAGACUUUUGGAGAGGAGUUUAAGAAGACAUCCAGACAUCACAAGACAUUCCUGGACCAUCUCAAGGGGUGUUGUAGCUGCUCCUCACAAAAGGCCAAGAAAAUCGCCCUGUCUUUGUUCCCCAUAGCAUCUUGGUUGCCAGCGUAUAAGAUAAAGGAAUGGCUUCUCAGUGACAUCGUCUCUGGCAUCAGCACUGGGCUGGUGGCUGUACUGCAAGGCUUAGCAUUUGCUCUGCUGGUCAACAUCCCUCCAGCCUACGGCUUGUAUGCAGCCUUUUUCCCGGUCAUAACCUACUUUUUCUUGGGCACGUCUAGACACAUAUCUGUGGGUCCGUUUCCAGUUCUGAGUAUGAUGGUGGGAGUUGUAGUUACAAGAGUGGCCUCCAGAAACAAUGUUUCUCCAGAACUGUCCUCAAGUUCAAUAGAAAAUGACUCAGUGAUAGAGGAGAAAGUAAUGGUGGCCGCAUCAGUGACUGUUCUUUCUGGAAUCAUUCAGUUGCUUCUGGGGGUUCUACAGGUGGGCUUCGUGGUGAUAUACCUGUCUGAGUCCCUCAUCAGCGGCUUCACCACGGCUGCUGCCAUUCAUGUUCUGGUUUCCCAACUGAAAUUCAUGCUACAGCUAACCGUCCCCGCACACAGCGACCCAUUCUCUAUAUUCAAAGUCCUGGAGUCAGUCUUCACACAAAUUCAGAAGACCAACAUCGCAGACCUCGUGACGGUGUCUGUGAUUAUUCUAGUGGUCGUGUUUGUCGUUAAAGAAAUCAAUCAGCGCUACAGAAACGCUCCAGUGCCCAUCCCCAUCGAACUCAUCAUGUUAAUUAUUGUCAUCAGAAAAUUUCAUUCACAAUCUAGACUAAUUUGGAUCAUGACCUUCAUCUUCGCCAUUGUCCUCGGACUCGGAUUAGGCCUGGCAGCAAGUGUGGCAUUUCAGCUCCUAACUAUUGUGUUCAGGACACAAUUUCCAAAAUGCAGCACACUGGCUAAUGUUGGAAGGAGCAACAUCUACAAGAAUAAAAAAAGUUAUGCUGACGUGUACGAGCCAGAAGGAGUGAAAAUUUUCAGAUGUCCAUCCCCAAUCUACUUUGCAAACAUUGGUUUCUUUAAGCAGAAACUUACUGAUGCUGUUGGCUUUAGCCCCCUUCGAAUUCUACGGAAGCGCAACAAAGCUUUGAAGAAAAUCCGAAAACUGCAGAAGCGAGGCCUGAUACAAGUGACACCUAAAGGAUUUAUAUGCACCUCUGAUGGCUUCAAAGACUCUGAUGAAGAAUUGGACAACAACCAGAUAGAAGAACUGGAUCAGCCAAUCAAUACCACAGACCUGCCCUUUGACAUAGACUGGAAUGCCGAUCUCCCUCUCAACAUCACGAUUCCCAAAAUCAGCCUCCACAGCCUCAUCCUCGAUUUUUCAGCUGUAUCCUUCCUUGAUGUCUCCUCAAUGAGGGGCCUCAGAACGAUUUUACAAGAGUUUAUUAGGAUCAAGGUGGACGUAUAUAUUGUGGGAACCGAUGAUGAUUUCAUUGACAAACUUGCUCGGUGUGAAUUCUUUGAUGACGAAGUCACAGACUCAAUAUUUUUCCUAACAAUCCAUGAUGCAAUUUUGCAUAUUUUGAUGAAGAAAGACUACAGCACUUCAAAGUUUAAUUCCAGCCAGGAAAAAGAAGUGAAAUUUGACUUUACCAUAAAUACAAAUGGAGGAUUACGUAAUCGGGAAUGUCAGGUACCAGUUGAAACAAAAUUCUAAUCAAGAUACAAUUCGGAGGGAUUCUCAUCUGUCAUAACGAAAACAACUUUAUACCUAGAAAGUUAUUGCUAAGUUCAUACGUUGUAUGGAUGAUAUUUUUAUUUGACAGAAUUAUGUUUCAAACUUUGGAACGAGAUUGUUCUAGCAUGGUAUAUUUUUCACAUAUCUAGUUAUGAAAUUAUGUACAUAUUCCUAAUUUUCUACCUUGUGGACUUAUCAAGGGUAGAAAAGUAUUUUGUUUUUCUGUAUUUUUGUAGCACUGACAGAUUCAUAUCCAAGUCGUCAUCUUCAUGCUCAAUGUUUUAUGGUGUGUUUACACCACGGCUCUGACUCUAAUUUAUACAGGUCAUGCUAAUAUAUCUCUAUUUUAAACAAUUAAGCUGUACGGGUGUGUGCUAUUUUAUUAAAUAUUAGUUUU